UUCACCCUCAAUGAUGUUGACUACGUCUUUUGGCUUUUGCUUUUUGUCUUGGAAAACCAAUUAGCAUCUUGCCUCCAUAUAUUCCAUGUUACAAUACCACAUACUACUGCCCAUUCAAUUGCUUGUGCGUUUACUUUCCAGUAAAAUCUAUUUUUGUUGCUUUUUCCAUUUUUUGACUUACUCCAUUAAAUCUAACCUUGAGCCUGAUCUUAGAAUCACACAUUGGAGAGAAAUGUCAAGGAUUGAUCUCUUCCACCCUUUAUGCUUUCCAGCAAGAAUCUUAUUAAACUCACUUCUCAUUGCUCAUGUAAAGCCCGCACGAACAUAGUAGUGCAGGAUAAGUUCAGUCCUGGUGUGGAUGUGCUGCUUUUUAAUUUUCAAUCCCAAUUUACAGCACUAAACUCACAGGUAAAAUAAACAUUAAGACAACCAUGAAAACAAAAUAAGGCUUGAUUGACAUCCUCAAGUGUGAGGUGAGCCACCCGUCUUAAGGAUCACAGCAACUGAGUUAGAAACACACCUCUACAAGUAAAUCAGUCACAAAAAUGAGCAGAUUUGGAAGUUCACUAAUAGUUCCUUCUGUUCAAGAGUUGGCUAAAAGAGAGAUCACUGAAAUCCCAGACCGAUAUAUCCGUACAACUUGCAGUAGUAUUAGUAUUGAUCAUGAUAUUAAUCACAGUGACUCUGCUGCCCAUUCAAUACCUGUCACCAACAUUGAGAGACUUCUUUCUGGAGAGUCAAUAUUGGCUGAAAAUGAAUUACAGAAACUUCACUCUGCCUGCAAAGACCGAGGCUUUUUUCAGGUAAUACUGUUGGCAGAUUCAUGUACUUACUUAUAGAAUAUAACUUCCAUAGUAUCAUGAAACCACCGUAGAUCUGGCGUAUAGAGAUGCACACAUUGUAAAACUGCCAAGUGAAGGAAUACACAUCUUCGUAAGCUGUUUUUUUUUAUAUUCUAUGUUGUUGUUUUCUGAUCAUGAAGUUAGCUCCUCAACAGUUGAGAAAAUAAAGUUGGAAACACACAACUUCUUUGAACUCCCAGUAGAGGAGAAAAAGAAGCUAUGGCAGAAACCAGGGGACUUCGGAGGAUUUGGGCAGGUCUUUGUUGUUUCAGAUAAGCAGAAACUUGAUUGGUCUGACAUGUUCGGUAUAACCAUGUUACCAACUAUAAUGAGAAAGCCUCAUUUAUUCACAGGAAUCCCGUUAUCAUUAAGGGAGGCUUUGGAAGAGUACGCUCUAGGAUUAAAAAAGCUGACCAUAAAUAUAUUAGAACAAAUGGAUUCUAAUGAGAUGAGAGAAUUAUUCAGUGAAUGUUGUCAAGCUAUGCGAAUGAAUUACUAUCCCCCUUGUCCUAAAGCUGAGCAGGUCCUAGGUUUCUCACCACACUCGGAUGCGGAUGCUUUGAUGAUUCUACUUCAGCUUAAUGAAACAGAAGGCCUUCAGAUCCGGAAAGAUGGGAAAUGGCUUCCAGUAAAACCCAUCCACAAUGCUUUUGUAGUCAACAUCCGUGAGAGUGUGAGCAAUGGUGUUUAUCGCAGUAUCGAACACAGGGCAGUUGUGAAUUCAACAAAAGAGAGGCUUUCCGUUGGUAAAUCCACUACAUGAACCAGGAUGGUUCCGAAGAGAGUCAGUGGAGACGUACUUCAAGAAUUUCUUUGCACGGAAACUUGAUGGAAAGUCCUACCUAGAUUCCAGUUGAUUGUUAUCAAUGUUUCUUGGUAUUUGCACUGCAUAUAUCCAUUUGUUUUCUACUACUGAA